AUGGAUGAUGACUAUGAUUGUGAUGACCUGGAUGUUUUGACAUCACUUUUAGAGGAUUACAUCGAGGAAAACCCUUAUGAUGUAAAACCGGAUUUUACCCAGUUUAAAGGUCGGAAACUAAAAGAUAGUAAUUUGCCGAAGUCCAACAAAUCUCUCCAGGUUGAUGUACGUGAAUGUUCCCAAGGUGACAAGAUGGAGACGGCAAAAAGCCGUUGUACAUCUCAGAGUAUGAAGCAAAGUAGUGGUAGUAGUGAUGAAGACAAAUCUAAAGCUGAUUUACUUGAUGAGAUGCAGAAAAUGAAAGAGCGAAUGAAGCAACUGGAGGUACAGAUACAGAUGAAAAAGGUAAGUACAGAUAGGAAAGAAGAAAAGGAGGUAAAUGGAGGAAGGAAAGAACUGGAUCUAUUCUCACAGGCUAUGGAUGAAGAAAUUGCAAACAAGAAUGCCGCAAAGAAGAAACUUAAAGAAAUCAGUCAUGUGAAGAAGAGGCGGAUUGAGACUGAGAGGAUGGCUAAACUCUCGGGCAUAUCUUCUGAGGACCUUCUUGCAUAUGAUGAUUACAAUGAUUGGGAUUUCUGCAACAGUGAUAAUGAUGAAGAACAUUAUGAAAGCGCUAGUCCUACCAAGGAAAAAACUUACCCAGACUCUGAGCAGAAUGAGAAUAGUUCCUUAUUUAAUAAGAAUAAAAAACGAAAGGCCCAUUCACCAAACACCAAUGUAUUGAAUGUAUUGAAAGAAAAAACGAGUCCGUACAAGUGUCGGCUCUGUGACAGGCAGUUUAACAACUUUGAUUCCUUCAAUCUACAUCAAUUUCAGCAUUGCAAAGAACAUCCGUAUGAGUGCAAGAGCUGUGAUAAGAUCUUCCCUAAUAAACUACUAUUGAAAUCUCACUCCAGAACUCAUGGUGAUAGCCGUGUUGAAAACCAGAACAGCACACCAACAAGAAAAUCCUUAUCUCAAAGUAAAUCCUUAUCUCAAAGUCAGAGUAAACUGAGCCAUUAUUAUCCGACUGAACUCAAUCAGAAUAGCAAGAGACCAUCUGUGACAUCAAGUGACUCUAGUGCCCUCGAGGGCCACCUGGCUGUCAAAAAGCGAAAGAUAGAAGAGGAAGUUUUAGAAACAGAUGCUUUUUCACAAAUAAGAAUAAUAAACCCACUAGUGUCAUCUUCAUCAUUUAGGAAGUAUAUUGGUGAUAGAAAAUUUAUACGUUUAUCAAUUCUAAAGUCAUACCUGAAUGGAGGUGAAAUUGAAGGGAACUGGGUGACUAGUGGUGUAAUCAUUUCCAAGACACCACCAAGGACAAGUGCAAAGUUGAGUUCUAAUGUUGAUGUAGAGGAAGAACUGUUCCUGGUAAAUACCAGUAGUGGUAUUAGCACUAGGGCACCAUCAGUAUCAUCAACUACUCAUAAUGCCCAUCUCGACAUGCCAAUUACUAAUUGA